GCUUAUUGUUGAUACGGAAACUCAAAUCGCAACAAGUAGUUAGGAAUUUUAUGUGCAUAAAUAGGAUUUUUAUACAAUUGUUAUAAAUAAUAUUAUUUAUUAGGUGAAUACAAACCACAUAUUGUAGAUAAUUUUUUGUUUUUGUUACAUUAUCAGACUAUAAUAAAUACAUGCAAUUUUUUAUUUAAUAAAUUGCAUUAAUUAUGAAUUACAUCAUGCAUAUUUUUGGUUUGAUUUUUUUUUACUGGAAUGGUUUCAUCAUCAAACAUCGUACCAGUACUUAUUACACAAACAACAGUGAUCGGUUUCUUGGCAUCUGAAUUGCAUUCCGCAUCGGGACUCCAGUCAACGACUAUUUUGGAGACUUCAACUAUAACAGAUGAAAAUGUUGAUGACGAUUGUAUCUGCACACCUUAUUAUAAUUGUAAAACUUAUACACAGGCUGCUGACGGUCACGAGCUUAUAGAUAUAAGAAUAAACAUGGCUCCAUGUCAAAGUUAUCUUGACGUUUGUUGUAAUGAUACAAAAAUAACCGAAAACUAUCAGCCAAAUAAUCCAGAUACUACGGAGAGUAACUGUCAUUGCCCUAAUCCCGAAGAUUAUAGUAAAGAACCCGAUAUUGACCAAAUACAUGUUACUAAAAAUCCGUCUUAUGGCACAAACGAAGAUCAUACUAAAGAAUCAUCUGUUGACCACAAUGGAGAUUAUACUACGAAGCCAUUAGAUAGUCAUACAAGUGAUUAUAAUACUAAAGAACCAUAUGUUAACCAUAAUGAAUAUCACACUAAAAACCCAUACGACAGUCAAACAGAUAAGUAUACUAAGACCUCGGAAGGCCCCAAAGAAGAUUAUACUACAGAAUCGUUUGUAGAUCUAGAUCAUUCGAAUAAUGGGGACAAAUCGUUUACUCCUGAAUUUACCAUUUCAACCGAACCCGAUUACACCUCUAAUAAUCAACACAAAAAACAUAAAUGUGGUACUUGGAAUAAAAAUGGAGCUGGUUUUAGAAUUGGAAAUGCACUUGAUAGCGAAUCACAGUUCGGUGAAUUCCCCUCAAUGGUGGCUAUAUUCAAAGAAGAAUUGGCAAAAGACGGUGAAAAAAAACUUGUCUUGAAUUGCGGAGGUUCGUUAAUCGAAAAAGACGUAAUUUUAACAGCCGCUCAUUGUGUGAUAAAGAGCGAUAUUUCAACUGUGGUCGUUCGUGCAGGUGAAUGGGAUUUAAAAACAGAAAAAGAAAUACUUAGUCACCAAGAUCGUAGAGUAUCAAAAAUUGUUACUCAUCCUGAUUAUUACGCAGGAGGACUUUAUAAUGACGUGGCUUUAAUUUUUAUCAAUGAUGCAUUUUCUUUACAAGAUAAUAUCCAACUUAUAUGCUUACCUACACCAAAUGAUAUUUUUAUAAAUGACAUGUGUUAUUCGAGCGGUUGGGGUAAAACUGUUUCUUACAAUAACUAUACUAUUGUUAAGAAAACAGAAUCGGGAAAAAUUAAAGAAACAGGCCAAUACCAAGUCAGUAUAUUGAAAAAGGUUGAACUUCCAAUUGUUCCUCGAAGUCAAUGCAUGGACGCUCUCAGGGCCACUAGACUUGGAUCCAAAUUUGUAUUGCACGACAGUUUUAUAUGUGCCGGUGGUAAAGAAGGGAAGGACACAUGUAAAGGUGAUGGCGGCAGUCCAUUAAUGUGUCCGUAUAAAGAUGAUCCUGAUCAUUUAGUUCAAGUUGGAAUUGUAGCUUGGGGUAUCAAUUGCGGUUUGGCAGAUAUACCCGCGGCUUAUGUUAACGUGGCCGGUUUCACGUACUGGAUUAAAAACGAAAUAGAAAAAAGAGGAACUGAAAAUGUAUAAAUACAGAUAGCGUGUAAGAAUUUUAUUUAAGAUAUAUACAUACAUACAUCCAUAUACACAUAUUAUAAUGUACAAACAUUUUCAAAUGAAAACUUCUAUGAAAAAUAUAUUUAUUUAUUUUUA